ACGAGAGGAGGCUAUAGGAAGAGCAUAAAAGCAAUGCUACGACAAGCACAUAGCUGAAAGGGAGAAGGACGCCAGAAGAGGAGACACCUGGCGAGACGCUCCGAAAGAAAAGGGGGGAGGAAAAACAGGUCUAUCGCAGACGUGGUCCUUUCGGCUAGGCGUAGGGAAGCGUUCUCUUCAAGACCGGUCCAAUGAACAUGUCAGUGUUGACUUUGCAGGAAUACGAAUUUGAGAAGCAGUUCAACGAGAAUGAAGCGAUUCAAUGGAUGCAAGAAAACUGGACAGCAAACCAAAGGAUUGAACUGGAAUAGGACUCUUGAAAAUUCUUAAUGUUGGUUGAUAUAGUUCUGCCCAUUGUACAGAACAUGGUUACAGUUAAGGAAAAAAUCUUUCCUGUUUUCUGCUUUAUAUGCUGCCUUUAUAUUCGGUGGUCGGCAUCUAAUGAACAAAAGAGCAAAAUUUGAACUAAGAAAACCAUUAGUUUUAUGGUCUUUGAGUCUCGCAGUUUUCAGUAUAUUUGGUGCUGUUCGAACGGGUGCUUAUAUGGUGUGUAUAUUGAUGACCAAAGGACUGAAGCAAUCAGUUUGCGACCAGAGUUUUUACAAUGGACCAGUCAGCAAAUUCUGGGCAUAUGCAUUUGUGCUAAGUAAAGCACCAGAAUUAGGAGAUACAAUAUUUAUUAUUCUUAGGAAACAGAAGCUCAUCUUCCUCCAUUGGUAUCACCAUAUUACAGUACUGCUUUAUUCUUGGUACUCUUACAAGGACAUGGUGGCUGGUGGUGGCUGGUUUAUGACCAUGAACUAUGGAGUACAUGCAGUCAUGUACACAUAUUAUGCCUUGCGGGCUGCGGGCUUCAGAGUAUCACGCAAAUUUGCCAUGUUUAUCACCUUGUCACAGAUUACACAGAUGUUUGUUGGCUGCAUAGUCAACUACCUAGUGUUCGCCUGGAUGCAACAAGGCCAAUGCCAUUCCCAUGUUUACAACGUUGUUUGGUGUUCCCUCAUGUACCUCAGCUACUUUGUGCUCUUCUGUCAUUUCUUCUUUGAGGCAUACAUUGGCAAAACAAGGAAAGCAAGGAAGGCUGAGUAACGCUAGGAAUUCUGCUAAGCCACCACUCAGCUCAUCGACCAAACCAGAAACAGAAAGCAAAACAAAAUGGCACAACAAAAACCAUUUAUAUGCGGUGCAAGUAAAACUCAGCAGCUGUGGACAGAUAAGUUUGUUCAAACCAAUACAUUUAUGAUCAUUUAUGGUGUGGACUCAAGGAAUGAUCUUGCAUCUUAGAAGGCUGCUGUAAGACGUCUUCUUUCUUGCAUCUCUUAAAAGCAAUCUUGCAUUUAGAAAACAAAAGGAGAAGAAGAUCAGAAUUUUGCAAAAUAAAAUAUUAAAAUAUAUGGUUUCCCCAAUCAUAGAUAACCUUUAUUUUAAAUGAAAUUUAUUAUAUUCUUUCUAACUUUUGUUUUUAAAUAUAUAAAACUUGAACAAACUUUAAGAAGAGGAAACAAAUAGUCUGUAUCCUAUGAAUCUACAAAACUGCCUUACGCUGUCGGAGCAUGAUUCUUCGAUUUCCAUCUUGUCUACUCUGACUGGCAGCAGUUCCAUUAACCUUGGGAAAUGCCCUGCAAGUGUGUACAUACACACACACACACACACACACACACACACAUAUAUACCCAAGAAUCCAAGGAUUAAACCUUGGACAUUUCUGCAGGCAAAGUAUUUGCUCUCCAGUUGAGUUAAGGAUCCUUCCUAUACAAUGCCAGUAUUUCUGCAAAGUGGGAAAAAGCUCCUUCUUGAAAGGGUUGCACUCUAGGAAGCCAAAUUAUAAAAAUUAAAGGUUCCUAUCAAAGCUCUUAUUAGGGCAGCCAUUUACAUUCUACUGAAGCACUACAUGAAAAAAUGGUAACUAUGGGUGCACGAGAGAGCAUGGGUACCUGUGUUCAUAUAUAUUCUGUAUUAUGCUGUCAGGGGAUCUGGUAUGUCAGUUAAAUUAAAGAUUUAGAAUUGGGAUAAUCAGAGAAUUGAAUACUUCCUUCAGAAAUGCAUUAGAAGGCAUUGAUUCAAGUGUAUUUUCAGUCCAAAACACGACCAAGAAUAGCUUAAUGUUGAGUCAAUCUAUUUGCUGGAACUAUUGAUAAAGGAGAGCAGGAGAAGGGGGGGGGAAGGGAUAGGAAAUGGUCUUUCACAACAAGCCAAUUUGCAGAGAGCUUUUCAGCUACUGUGCUGUAAGGACCGAUUCUGUCCCACUGUUUCAGAUCCAGAGGAUAUCUUAAAGUAUGAUUGUUCAUUCUUCAAUUAGUUGGUAUAUGUCCUCUGAAUCACUUUAUCCAAAGUUAUUUCUAGAAUUAUUUGAAAUAAGGGAAUGCAAAUGUUACAGUAGAACUGGGUUUUGGAACAAAGUAUCAUGUCUUCUCUUUUUUCCUGAUGAUUCCUGUGAUGGCUCACAGCUCAUGACCACAAGUUUGUUAAGAGAACUUGUAAUUUCUUUACCAUAGAUCAUAAACAGGUACAAUUUUCAGCGGUGUGUGCAAAUUGCUGCUCCUACCAAACAAGUCUUAAGACUCCAAUAACUGAGGCGGAACCAUCAUAGGGAGAAGAAAAUAGAAGCUGUUCUAAGAUGAUAAAGCCCGAACAUACAGCAUUAAGUGCAAUUGGAAUGAGAGGUACAAAGACAAGCAAAAAUUAGCUUUGGAGAUAUAUUAGCAUUAGAUAGAUCAGGAAACAAAUACUGUGGUAUGGUACAUAUUUUAUAUUUUUAUGAACUUCAAAGAAUAGAUAUCUUCAACUUUAAAUGGUAUUUUACAGACUGUAUAUGACUUUAGCUAACACUGUGCUUCUGUAUUUGCUUCACAAGCAAUGCAAAGAUGUUUAAAGUGCCCUCCUGUGGUCAGUUAGAGAUACUACUCUAGAAGGCAGACCAUGCAAUCCUAUUGCAAGCUUUGAAGAGGGCAAAUCCUAAAUAGAGUGAUUAUGCUGCAACAAAUUAAUGUAUAGAAAAACUUCAUGCUCACUUUUUUUAAAAAAGAUCCAUAGGAAAACUAUACUGUAGCAUCCUUGAUUGCUUAAAAAGACAUCUGGUUCUUCAGUCAGCUGCAGAUAAAAAGAUGCCACUCUGAACCUCAGAGAAAUAGCUGAAAAGAGCCAUAUUUUCUACAAAGAAAAAGUAGAUUGUAUUAACUGUAAGAUUUCAGUCCUUACAAAGCCAAAUAAAAUAUAUAACAUUCCUAAUACUUCAGAGAAACAAGUAUGUAAAUUUAAUGUUACAAGUGUAUUAGCAUAUUUUCUCAUUUCUAUGUUUGAUUCUUUCAACUAUUAGAACUAGAGGAACAAUUGAAAGCUGCUGUUCUACGUAUGGAAUCAAACAUACAUGUAACUACAUAUAUAAUCCUUACAUGAUUUGUCCCAAAAAAUUAAUGGGGCCAGGCAGUCACUUUUUUUUUUCUAAUGGAAAAUGUUGUCAAUGUUCUUGCUUUAACCUCAGAUUGUACAAUACAUAGUACUUCCAUCUUGAUUUAGCUUCAGCUGUGCUGUCUGUCAUUCAGGUCUCAAUAUAAUAACCCUGUUAGACAUAAAGGGCUUUCAGUGUUUCAUGAUGUCCAGGAAAACUGCUACAUUCGAUAUUACUGUAUGUGAAUUGUAUUUAAGAUUGGGGGGCUGUGGGAUUGAGAAGCUCUCUAGGGCUUAAUCAUAACUGUGAAAAACUGAAAAAAGUUUGUAGCUGUGUCAUUUAAAUUAUUGAUGUUCUGACAAUGUUAUACACUACAAGAAUAACAAAAUAUAUUAAGUAGAACAUAAAGAAAUAAUAGUAAAUUAUAGGACUUAUAAGGUACAUGGGCAUUAAAUUAAAAUGUAGACAAUGUUUUUUGGGGUUGGGGGACAAUAUUUAAUUAUAUUCCACAGUAAGCCUUCCUUUGCUUUCUGCUCCCACAACAAAUAUUUGAAACAAAUCUAAAAUGUGGGGAAAUUGUGGGAAAUAGUAGUUGGUAAUUUGCAGCUGUGCCCUUACCAUAUGUAUCUUUCAUGCCUCUUUUAAGUAUUUCAUUAUAAGCUGAUCUACUCAUUCAUGAAAAAUUUACUUUAAAAAAAAAUAGUAUUUCACAAGGGAUGCUAAGAAUUUUAUUAUUUUUGCUCCAUAUAACCAAAGGAAUGGACUACAUCAGUGAAGCAUAUUGAUUUAUAAGUUUUUUUCCUGUUUUAUUCUAGUAUUAAUAAUAGUGAUAAGCAACCAUUUAGUUUCUUUCUUUGUAUGACUUGUGAGAAUGCUUUGACAGGGCAGUUCUGAGAUAGUUGUUCAAAUGCACAAUGUCACAGAACUCCAAAUAGAGCAUUCCAGCCUUAUUGUGAUUUAUUUUUGAAAGUGGAAGUUAGUUUAUUAUUAUUAGAAAGAAAAAUGAAAAAAAAAUGAUAUUGCACUGUUAUAAUAAUAAUAGCAGUUAUAAGAUGAACAUUUAUAAAAUAAACCAGAAGAAGACAGGCAUCUUUUCUCCAGAAUAGCAUAUUCUGUCCAGAACUAAAAUAUUUAUAUUCCAAUUCUCCCAUUCAAAUAACUGGCUCUGAAAACGUGUGAGGCAAUAAUUAGCUGGUACCUAUUUUCUUUUACUGUAUUUGUAAAUGAGCAAUUUGCAUAUCUUUGCAAAUAUACUGCAAUGCACAAUGGCCUAACAUUUAUCACCUUUGAUAUUCUUAUAAGAAUAAAUUCAGCUAAGUUACUAUUUAGUAAUUGGAUUAAAUUAUUGCAAAAUCUGCAAAAUAUUUUUCCUUAUUGGAAAGCUAAUUGGAAACCUUGAUUCCUGAAGUUCCAUAAACAGAUUAUAACAUUUUCUGAGUUAUUUGUAAUUUUCUUAAUUGGUGCCCAUCGACAGAAUCUCUUGCUUUAACCCUUUAGGUCACCAAAAUAUAGUGAACAAGUUAGAUAUACUUGCAUGAUCUAUUCUUUAGACCUAAGAAGCUACAGAUUCUGCAAAUGACCUAAACAUAUGCCAGCUAGCUUAUCUGGAAUAUACACGAUUCAGUGCUGAUGGUCCCAUUUUUAGAAUAUAGAUUAUACUGAGGCAAGUUCUUCAUUGUCAUGUGAAUUCAUUCAUUCAGUCUCAGGCUAAGCAACCACCUUAUAUAGUCUAAAUCUAGAAAGACUGAGUCAUGCGUAAGCAUGCUGUCAGUGGAUUUGUCUGUGUUGGUUGAGCUGAUAUAGAAACGGGCGACUCACAAAUAUAGAGAGAGUAGUGUGGUUAAAAAGAGGUCAUCUAAAGGUGCAUCAGUAACCGCAUGAACAUGACUGUCUGCAUUGCCUUGAAGAAUCUUCCAUGCAGAAAUAUAUCUUAAGAUUUGGUAUUUCUGGAGGAUGGAAGACUGAAUAGUUUGCAAGGCUAACCAUGCAGUCAUAUCAUGUUGAUUCAAAAACAAGUCCUUAGUUCAAGGGGGCUUAUUCCCCAAUAAGUUGGGGUAGACCCAACCAUGUCCACACUUUAGCACUCUGACUCAUACAUCAGUCCUGCUAAAAUUUCUCUCAGUUAUUUAUCACUGAUGGUCAGUUUGCAUACCAGCCACUUACACAUCUUAGAAAGUAAUUUUCUUGCUCUGUGUUUGCCAACAGUUGUAAGUUUCUCUCCAUCGUAAACUGUCUAGGAGCUUUUCUUCUUGCUUAGGGUCAGCUUCUUUCAAAGAAGAAUUUCAAAUAUAAUCAUCUAAGAGAAAAGCAUAGGCUUGACUCACUAAGCAAUUUCCUCAAUUUCCCAUAAUAAAUUUAAUAAUUUUCUAUACCACAUGACACUUAACAUAAUAGCCUGGAAGCAUACCCUGAAGGGCAUUGUAUCUGAUAUUUAGAUAUUCACCAGGUGAAAUUCCCAAAUGUUAUAUUUUCUUGUGAGUUCUGACACGUAUAGAUCCAUCAGAAGGAUGCCAUAGGACACUUCAGGGUCUACUACUCCAUCCUCCUUUGCAGGGGAAUACAAUUGUAAGAAAUUAUUAUUCAGAAUUCCUUGAAAUUGAGGAAGAAAUAUUUUUUCCACCCUUUGUUUUCUUAAUUCAACAGCUCAUGAUCAAAUGCUACUGAAAGCCUUCAUUUGGAAAUUUAUUACUAAUUUAAUGCAUUGGGUUAAACAUUGCCAAUUUCUUCCUGCUGUCAUUCUAUUCCCUGUGAAAAGGUUUAAAAAAAACAUUCAUUCUAGUUUUCAGCAUAAUAGUUUUAUUUUUAUGAAAACAAUGAUUUCCCUUUUGAAGAAAAAAGCAACAUGUGUCAGUUUGGUUAAAAUGGCCCUGAAAUUGCUAGUUUUGAGUAAGCCUGUAAAAAGAGUGUGUUAGUAAACAAAAAUGAAAAGUGAAUCUAUAAUCUGAUUUUUUUACUAUCCACCUUUUAAACAGUUUCUUGCACAGUGAAUAUAGGCACUCUAUUUUCUAUUUUUAUAUAUGUAGAUAGGUCAUGAUUGAGGAGGAUAUCAUUAAAUGCUGAUGAGGAUCAUAGUUCAAACUAGUAUCCCUUGGGAAGAAAAGAUAUAGCAGGCAGGGAUGGGGUCUAUUUUUUUCACAGAGCAUACAUCAUUAAUGAGCAAGCAGGAGUCUCUAAUGCCUAGAACAGGGAUAAGCAACCUUGGCUCUUUUAUGACUCAUGGACUUCAACUCCCAGAAUUCCUGACCCAGCAUGGCUGGCUCAGGAAUUUUGGGAGUUAAAGUCCAUGAGUCAUAAAAGAGUCAAGGUUGCCUACCCCUGCCCUAGAACCUUCCCCCAUCCCCUAGCUGUGGGGAAAGGUUCUUCAUAUUGAAAUUUCACAAUUGAAUUCAUCAUAGGGGCUGGGAUAAGAAUCUCACUAUGAUUUGCUUAACCAUAGUUAUUUUUUUAAAUAAACCACAAUUGGCUAGGCUCACAUAACAUGCAAAGCCACCAUCCAGAAUGGCUGAUUCAGGCUAUAUAAUCGGCCAUAGCCCAACAAAUGAUAUUGGGCUUCAGCGUGUUGUGCAAACCAAGAAUGAAUUUUAUUAACUGCCCAUUCAACUUUUCAGUGCUUUGUUCUGCAGAUGAACUGAAGUGAACUGCCUUGUGAAAAGUACAGUACUUUGUACUUUUAACAGCAAUUGCAACUGAGUUACAUAAUCUCAGUUAAAGUAUAUCAGCUUUGUCAAAAGGGGGGAAGGAUUCCUAAGAAGUCCUUUCCAUCCACUGCAGUUAUUGCACCAUAAACACUCUUAUGUUGAAUCAAAGCAGCUAAAGUUUUUCUUGAGCAAUAGGAGAUGCCAUGCUCUCUCCCCCAAUGCCAAUCAUUUCCAUUGCUUCAGGGAUCUUGCUCAAGAAAGUCGUAUGAUUUGAUCAUCUCAUCUGUUUAAUAGGACACCAGCAAAUGCACGCCAACACCCAAGCUUGGGUGAGUCCUCACAUCAUUUCCCCAGAGAAUUACUAGUCUCUAUGUGUGAACAGCAGUCUAAGUAACCUGCCAAGCAUUUUUUUUUUUUUUAGAGUCUCACUGUCUAGCCAAAAUGAGACCAUUUACACCAUAUCAUUCUUAUAGUGCCCUACUGGUUCCCAGCAUGGGAUUGCAGGCUUUUCAACCUGUCUUCAUUCUCCAGAGCUAUUUCGCUCUUCAGUGUCUUAAAGUUUGAAUCAGAUGUAUGUUCAGAUUAAAGUUGUCUGUAAAGUAUCUAUAAUGAUUAGGAAUAGCUUUAUUUUGCCAUUUUCAAAUAUGGAUGUUUCAUUACAUAAAGGGAGAGUUUUUAAUUUUAAUUUUAUUUUGGUAUAUCAAUAUUCUAAAUAAAAUGUGAUUUUUUUGUUUAAAAUAA